AGCAAGUUUGGUUGCGAGGGUUAAAAAAGGCGGGCGAAGAGAGCGAGUCGGGUUGCACCGUGAGGGGGCGGGGAGGAAGAAGAAGUUGAGAGCCGCCAUCUUGUGGAGGGUAGCGGCGCUUCCUCGGGGACCGCUUUUAAAAAACAAUUACCUUCUCGACUUCUAUUGCUGUCGGGGGUGGGUGGGUGGGGGGGAGGAGAGUCGUCCUCGGGCUUCGGAUGUUCGCCCCCGGGGCGUGGGAGAGCGAAGCGCGUGAUCGCCGCCUGUCACCCCAGAAAUGGCGUCCGACAUCGGAGGACCGCUGGGCGUACCGGUGACUGGGAGAGCUGGAGCAGGGACGCAGCCACAGUCCAGUGGGGGCAUAGUGUCCCGGGCACCGAAAAGACAUCCAGGACUUGACUUUGAGGACGACGAUGACGGGGAGGGCAGCAGCAAAUUCCCAAGGUGUGAUGAAGACCAAGGGCCCAAUGACAAAGAGAGAUUUGCCAGAGAGAACCACAGCGAGAUCGAGCGGCGUCGCCGGAACAAGAUGACGGCGUACAUCACGGAGCUGUCAGACAUGGUGCCGACCUGCAGCGCCCUGGCCCGCAAGCCGGACAAGCUGACCAUCCUCCGCAUGGCCGUGUCUCACAUGAAGUCACUGCGGGGCACGGGCAACACCUCGGCUGACGGAACGUACAAGCCAUCCUUUCUGACCGACCAGGAGCUGAAGCACUUGAUCCUGGAAGCAGCGGACGGCUUCCUCUUUGUGGUGGCCUGCGAGACGGGCAAAAUAAUCUACGUGUCUGACUCUGUCACUCCAGUCCUCAACCAGCCGCAGUCCGAGUGGUUCGGCAGCACCCUGUAUGACCAGGUCCAUCCGGAUGACGUGGACAAGCUGCGGGAGCAGCUCUCCACCUCUGAGAACGCCAUGACAGGUCGGAUCUUGGACCUGAAGACCGGCACUGUGAAGAAAGAAGGACAGCAGUCCUCGAUGAGAAUGUGCAUGGGUUCGCGGAGGUCUUUCAUCUGCAGAGUGAGGUGUGGGAAUGCGACAGAGGAUCCGGCAUCCAUGAGCAGACUCAGCUUCCUGAGGAACAGAUACAGAAACGGACUAGGUCCAGUCAAAGAAGGAGAGACUCAGUAUGUGGUCGUGCACUGCACAGGUUACAUAAAAGCCUGGCCUCCCGCAGGUGUGACGCUCCCUGACGAUGAACCAGACGGUCAAGGGAACAAGUUUUGCCUGGUGGCUAUCGGACGUCUGCAGGUCACAAGUUCUCCCAGCUGUCUGGACAUGAAGGGUAACACCGUGCCUGUUGAGUUCCUCUCCAGGCACAACCCCAACGGCGUCUUCACCUUCGUCGAUCACCGGUGCCUGGGCACGGUCGGCUACCAGCCUCAGGAGUUGUUGGGGAAAGAUAUUGUGGAUUUCGCCCACCCAGAGGAUAAGGGACUUUUACAAGACAGCUUUCAGCAGGUGGUCACGUUGAAAGGCCAGGUACUGUCGGUCAUGUUCCGGUUCCAGACCAAGAGCCGGGAGUGGGUGGUGAUCAGGACGAGCAGCUUCACCUUCCAGAACCCAUACUCCGAUGACAUCGAGUACAUCGUCUGCACCAACACCAAUGUCAAGCACCUGCAGCAGCCUCCUGCUAUCGCUGGGCAAGAAGAUCUCAGCUAUGAACAUUCCCAGGUUGCCGCACCGUCGGAGCACACAAAACCGAUCAGCAAAGCAGAGCCCUUGUACAGUCAGGAAACCGACCCGCGCUACACCGAAAUCUACUCUGCCCUUCCCACAGCUGAACAGAGUAAGGUGAUUCCCUCAACGCCGGGUACCGGGACUCAGCAGAUCUUCCAGCAGGGGACCUCCUUCCCAUCAGCACGGCCCACACAGAACUUCAGCUCCACCAUGGUGGCUCCUGUGAACAUUGUCCAGCAGCCGGCGUCGGCAGGGCAGAUCCUGGCUCAGAUCUCACGGCAGUCGGUCAGCGGUCAAGUUACCGGCAACACCUGGAGUGGAAGCCGCCCGCCGUUCCCAGCGCAGAUAGCAGCCCAGGGGGCAAAGACGCAGUCGCCCCAGUUUGGCAUGGCAGCCAACCGGAGUUUCACGGCCAACACUGCUUCCUUCAGCCCCCUUGCCAGCCCUGUAGCCACGUCCACGGCAGGAGGCACCGCCUACCCAUCCCUUGCUAACCGCACGUCUGCUUUCGCUGAAGCUGGGCAGACAGGCUCACCGUUCCAGAGCCGGCCCGCGGACGGAGGCUCGGUGUGGCCUCAGUGGCAGGGACAGCAUCACUCCCAGGCGUCCAGCGAACAGCACGCACAGCAGAGCCAGCCCGAGGUGUUUCCGGAUAUGCUGUCAAUCUACGAGGAGCAGGGAACCAGUUACAACAGCGAUGAGUUCUCGGAACUCCCCAUCUUCCCCUCGUUCUCGGAGUAACCGGAAAAGGGAAACCUUGCCAAUACACAUCCAGUCUUCCCACGACCCCUCUUCCCCCCCCCCCUCCCUCCGAACCCCUGUGAGCAUUUCGUUUGUACACUGUGACGCGGCUGAGGUGUUUCCACCACCCACCCACUGUCCUGUGGGCACUGAGCAGAGAAGGCGAAGGGCAUCCCUCCAGCAGGGAGACAGCCGUCCUGUCCCGUGAACCCCCACUCUCUCUCUGAAUUCGGGGAAGCUUAUUCUUUGUGGUCCAGUGCUCCGGCCUGGUCGGAAUUCCACCGGGAGGACACGAUGCAUCUAUGUGUAUCCGGAGCGGGGAGUCUCCAUUUCCCUCUGCUCAAAGCCGUGCUUGGUAUUUGCUCUGUGCCUGUAUUCAGGACUCCAGGUGAGACUCUUUGGAGCACUGAUGCUGAUGUUGUCAGUGUACGUUCCUGCUUGGUCUUGCGCUUGGGUAGUGUUUCAAAGCUUUUGCUUUUUGUUCCGGGGAGGGGUGGGGGGGGGUGUUUAGUUAAAAGCAGGAAAGCACGAUCACCUCUGCCUGUCUCUGUUCAUGCCAAGGAGGCUGCACGCAAAACCGUUGCGGCGUGUGUUCUCUCACCCCCUCCCCCUGCCCCAGGGGAGAGCGGUCCCCUGAUAGACGAUGGGGCGCUUUUCCUUCCGGGUGCAGGUCGCCAUGCUGUCUGCAGAAGUGGUGCGUACCCGCCGAGGAUGUACUGCAGUGAGGUCUCCUUCAGUAGCACCUUCCAGAUCCCCCCACCCUCUCCAAGGACAAGGGCACGGGGACCCCCACUAUCUGUAGAAUUCCCUUCUGAGCCCCACACAUCAUCCUGGCUUGGAGCUGUGUCGGUGAGCACUUCCUUGUCAGUAGACGAAAGCCCCGGACAGUCCUCCCUAAUGGUACUCCACCCCCUCCCCCCUCCUUAACAGGAUGAUUUAGGGGGUGAGAAUGAAUUUUAAAGCUCAGUGUUGCUUUGCGGGACCCCUCCCCCCGAGAGCUCAUACACACCGCGAGUGUGGGGAUAACCUUUUUCUCUUGGCUCCCUUUGAGGUCAAGUGGGUGGGGACAUCUGGCUCGGGCCCUGUGCUUGGGGAGAGGCCUCCCCCAGUAACUUCACCGACCAAAUUCCGUCUCAUCUGAUGGUGGGUGGUCACUGUCACCUCGGGGGGAAUUUGAUGUGCUCUUACACCCUCCACAAAACCGCCCUCUCUCUGACAAAAUACAGGCGCUUCCACCCUUCUCACUGGCCCGGUCAGUAUGUGGUGUGACUUAACCCUGUGGUUGUAAAAGAUGGACCAGACAAUGUUCCCCUGUCUGCCGAUCUCGGAGGUCAAGAGUUGACGUGGAGCAUUGGCAGCUACAGGUUGGUUUCCCAGCUCAAGAUCCCAGGAGAGCAAAAUUGGCACAAACUGUACCAUUUUUUUUCCCCUUUUAACAAAAACGGAAGGAAAUGCAGUAACAGGGAUUUAAGGGGUCCCUGAAUCUUGCCUGACCCCUGACCCCCAAAUGAGAGCAUGACCUCUUCAGGAUUGCGAGCGUUUCGCACCAUCGAGGAGGAGUGACCUGUUUUAUUUUUUAAACUUCUCAUGUGACGGGACUUUCUAAAUAGCUUUUCUAAAAAAAAAAAGGACUUGUAAUCUGUGUAUGUAACACACUGACCUGUGCGCCAGUCUGGAAGGUUUUCAUUUAUUAGAACCUGAUGAGUUUUUCAGACCGAUCUGGUGCACAAAUGUUUGUAUUUUCUUUAAUGCUGUAACAUAGAUUUUUAUCAAACUUGUGACUUGUUCAGGAGCAAUCAUGUUUGUCAUCUGUCUUGAAGGAAGCACUGGGUCUUUCACUGUUUCCUCGUUUGUAAAUAUGUCAGAUUAGUUUCCUAAAGGGGGGCGGGGGGGCCUGGUGGGUUACGGAAGGGACAGUUUGAAUAUUUCUAUGAAAGUAUAUUAAAAAGAUAUAGUAAGGGGUUGCAGCAGCAAAGAAGGAACUGUUGCCUGUGUAUGCAUAUGUCUCUUAGUGUCUCUGUGCGCGUGUGUGUGUCUGUGUGCGCAUGUGUCUCUGUUUG